CCGAGCACGCGAGGCCGCCGCGCGCUAUCCGCGGAUCCCGAGCGCGCGCCUGGUCGCUCCUCCCCAGCCGGCGCAGCACCUCGCCAGGCCCCGAUGGCCCCCGAGACCCCGGCCCAGGGGCAGACCCUGCGCUACUUCACAUGGGACGAAGUGGCACAGCGCUCCGGGCGCGAAAAGGAGCGAUGGCUGGUGAUCGAACGGAAGGUGUAUAACAUAAGCGAGUUCACCCGCCGGCACCCCGGAGGCUCCCGGGUUAUCAGCCAUUAUGCGGGGCAGGAUGCUACGGAUCCCUUUGUGGCAUUCCACAUCAACAAGGGCCUUGUGAGGAAGUACAUGAAUUCUCUCCUGAUUGGAGAACUGUCUCCGGAGCAGCCCAGCUUUGAGCCCACCAAGAAUAAAGAGCUGACUGAUGAGUUCCGGGAGCUACGGGCCACAGUGGAAAAGAUGGGGCUUAUGAAAGCCAACCAUUUGUUCUUCCUGCUGUACCUACUACACAUCCUGCUGCUGGAUGUUGCUGCCUGGCUUACUCUUUGGGUCUUUGGAACGUCCUUUGUGCCCUUCCUCCUUAGUGCAGUGCUGCUCAGCACAGUUCAGGCCCAGGCCGGCUGGCUGCAGCAUGACUUUGGGCACCUCUCUGUCUUCAGCACCUCUACAUGGAACCACCUGCUACAUCAUUUUGUGAUUGGUCAUCUGAAGGGGGCCCCUGCCAGUUGGUGGAACCACAUGCACUUCCAGCACCAUGCCAAACCCAACUGCUUCCGCAAAGACCCAGACAUCAACAUGCACCCCUUCUUCUUUGCCUUGGGGAAGAUCCUCUCUGUGGAGCUUGGGAAACAGAAGAAAAAGUACAUGCCAUACAACCACCAGCACAAAUACUUCUUCUUGAUUGGGCCCCCAGCCUUGCUGCCUCUCUACUUCCAGUGGUAUAUUUUCUAUUUUGUUAUCCAGCGGAAGAAGUGGGUGGACUUUGCCUGGAUGAUCACCUUCUAUGUCCGCAUCUUCAUCACUUAUGUGCCAUUGUUAGGAUUGAAAGGCUUCCUGGGCCUUUUCUUCAUGGUCAGGUUCCUGGAAAGCAACUGGUUUGUGUGGGUGACACAGAUGAACCAUAUCCCCAUGCACAUUGAUCAUGAUCAGAACAGGGACUGGGUCUCCACCCAGCUCCAGGCAACAUGCAACGUCCACAAGUCUGCUUUCAAUGACUGGUUCAGUGGACAUCUCAACUUCCAAAUUGAGCACCAUCUUUUCCCCACGAUGCCUCGACAUAAUUACCACAAAGUGGCUCCCCUGGUGCAGUCCCUGUGUGCCAAGCAUGGCAUAGAAUACCAGUCCAAGCCCCUGCUCUCAGCCUUCGCAGACAUUGUUCACUCACUGAAGGAGUCUGGGCAACUCUGGCUAGAUGCCUAUCUUCAUCAGUAACAACAGCUCCUCAUCUGGAAGAGGAGCCUCUGGAGCCAAAGCAGAGGGGAACUUGAGGGACAGUGCCACUACAAUUCUAAUAUUAAGAGGGGGUUGGUUUGAGAUACAGGCUCUGGCUCAAAUUCCUCCCCUUUAUCUUUAGCAGGUCUAUGAUGCAAAGAGGCAGGGGACAUGCAAGCCCCCUGGAAGAAGGGAUGGAACUGUUAGGGCAGGGAUGUGAAUUUUGUUUCUCCUUUUUUUUCUUAUGUCAGAUGCAGGUGGUUGGUGAGCAAAGAGGGCGUCAGGAAUGUGUUAGAAUAGGGAGGACCAGCCGAGCCCAGAAAUCAAGAGAAUCCACCCAGUACCUGGGAGCCCAGCCCAUUUUAGGACUAUCAUCAGUUUGCCUCAGGCUACUGGAGAAGCAAGUUCUCCAUUUGUAGAAACAGGCAGGGCAAAGGCCAGGACUGUGGUGUUAAGACAUCUGCCCCCAAAGAUACUCCUCCCACUACUGAUUUUGGUUCCAUGUUCCAUCCAAAGUAUCAAGGGAACAUUAGGUCUGGGGUCUUGCCAAAUGGCUAGCAGUUACUGGCCAUUAAAACUCCCCUCAGCUUUUGAUUUGCCUCUUCUAACCAGCACACAUGCGGCAAAAAAACUAUGACAGGGAGUCCACUUCUUGCUCCAUAAACAAGUGAGCAGAUGGGCAAUUUAAUUUUCUCCUUAGAAACAAAUGAGGGCUCCCAAUGGUUUCCUUUAGCUUCCCUACCUUUAAUUCCAAGUUUAAUACAAUAGCAGUCAGUGAGCAUAGUGACCAAGGUAGGUGAUACUGAAUUACCAGUCAUGAGGAAAACACAAGUUCGCUCAUAAAGGAUCUAAGGGCUGUAAUAAGUUUUAACAUAAAUUUACAGCAUUACUUUAGAGCAGGAGCAGUGGAGUUAAAUGUAAUCACUUCAUAGUUCUAAACCAGAAACAGGAAGAUAAAGACACAGAAGUUUGUGAUCACUUGUUGCUGUCUCAGGCACCUUACUCUGUCAGCUCUGUUCAAGUAUCUUUCUCUGCUGGAGACCAGGUAGGAAUUUAGGAUAAUCUCUCAGUCUUCUAAUACUGAAAUGCAAUUUGUUAAAAUCUCAUUUUUAAAGGAUAAAAACAGUUUAACCCAUCUCCAGAGCUAACAUAAAAAUGUGCCCCAGGAGUCCCACCUUCACUCCAGGGCUUGUCAUCAGCAUUCAUAUCCUCUUUCCUCCCCAUAACCAUGGCCAUUCAGUCCAGUUGAGAGGGUUAUUCGCCUGUUCACCAUCAUCUACCACAGGCAUAUUGAGCAUGUGGGACACUGGGAGAAACGAACCUCAAACUAGGACAAAGCAAAGCCCUGGAAGAGUUGCAUUUAGUGUUGGGAGAGAAGGGGAAUCAGGGAGAUCAAGGGUCCUAAGGCAGGUUGGGAUGGGACUAGAGGCACCACCUGUGGAAAGGGUGUCGUGAUUACGCAGAGGUUUGUCAAAACAAAUUUAAAAAGAUGGGGGAGAACAGGUUGCAGAGGAGUUCAGAUCUUUUUCAUUUCAGCAGAACCUGGUUUAAAUUAGAAUUGAAGAGUUCUAUACUCAGUGGCUUCCUCACUUCAGAAAAGGUGCUGAUCCUUCUUCAUCUCUCCAUUCCCUGCUACCUAAGGUUUUGGUGUGGUGUCAUGAGCCCAUCAAGCUCUACGGCUUUCAGCCUAGGCGGAGCAAACCCAUUGAAGCUUAUUAAGCAAAGUCCAGGUCCUCAAAGAACCUCUAACAUGUGGCCUUCUUUCCUUAGCCUACACCAGUGUGGUCUCACAUGGCCAAAAAGUUACAUACCAGUGACAAAAGGGUCAAACUGCAUAAGUAACCUCAAAUCUAAUGAUAGAUGAGAAGACAGACUUAGGACGAGUUGCCUCCAGUCACAGAUCAUGGCAGAACUAACAUCUGAACUCACUUUUGAAAAACUCCCAACUUCUUUGUUUGUCCUAGUUACUUUCUUCCUACCAUUUGGCCAUAGGCAUUUUCUUAAGCCCAGUAUCAGUGUCCUUUUGGUAUGUGCCAAUUUUGUUAACACAUUCCAAUGAAAUAAAGCUGAAAAAUAAAGUUAAUUUU